UGAUCAGACCCGUCAUCGUUCAUUCAUCAUCUAGCUCUUAGUCCAUCCAGAUAACAUCGCAGGUUGGCUAGCCAGGAGGAUUGCGAUCAUUGUUGCCACCUCGUGCACAUAAACCAAACGAAACCAGGCGGAUCGCAGGACAGACAAGCUUGACGGGGCAGGUCUAGGAAUCAAGAUGGCGGGUGAGAGGCCAGCUAAAUACCGACAGGAGAUCCAGCAGGUGAGCAUCUUUUAUCUGCUAUGUCAUUUUAUUCCAAGGUAGUAUCGGACCGCUGGAGAUGCCGCCAAUCCAUCUCUUUGGACACCCGAACGAAGAAGUUGGAAGGAUGUUUGAAGCAGAAUCCCUCCUGCGAGUCAAUAUCUGGCUGGACACGAUUCCAUAUCGCCAUCACCACUACUACCGGCCGUCUUGGGAAGACGUGAGGACCAUGGACCUAAACCAGAACAUCUGGGCAAGAGACGAUUCACUGCACACAUGUCCACGACGGGCGCCCGUCACAUCCCCCGAGGCAUCGCUUUGAUUUCACUUCAUGGUGGCAGAGAAGCGUACUCCACGAAGUUUGCCUGAAACGCGUCCAACUGCCCAACCCCAAUGCUGCAGAACUGGAUGACAAACAAUCUCAUCUGAUUUUCUGAGAACCACGUCCUACCAAUCCUAGCGGUGAACGCGAGCAAGAAAAUACCCCUGCGCACUUUCAGCCUUGAGCAGGACCUGAAUCCCCUCGAACUAUGGCGAAUCGCGGAGUUGGGGAUCUCCAAAAAGGCGUUCACCAAGCUCUUAUCCUUGGAAAUGCCCUACAGCAGCCGCAAGAAAGCAGGGAGCCCCCCAACGAGGACUCUGGAUCGGGCGCCGUACCUUCUUCCGACAUUGGGGAUGACGAUGACUAUGAAAGCCAAGAAGACUUCAAGCAGAGACUAAUAUAUUGGAUUGGACAGAUGAUGUUCGUGAGUGGUGAAACAGCCGAACCAAGCGCAGAGACAACCUGGAUGAUCGAAGAAAUUGUGAGAGAGCAAGUUAUUGAAAUGCUGACACAAGCAACUGCACUCGCAAACCGCCGAGGCUCAAAGUCCAUUUCAAUUGCCGACCUCAUCUUUCAGAUUCGCCACGACAGAGCCAAAGUCUCCAGACUCAAGACCUUCCUGUCUUGGAAGGACGUCCGCAAGAAUGUGAAGGACUCUGAUGACAAGGGUGGCGGUGACGCUGCUGAAGUUGGCGAUUUCGACGAGGCCUCCGGAGGUGUCAAUCCAUCGGCUCCACAAAAGACCACCGCGACCAAGAAAGCCAAACUCCUCUUGCCCUGGGAAAUCCAAUCGUUCUACGCUGAGCAAGUUCCGGAAAGAGACGAUGAAGAAGACGAAGAGGAAGAGGAGCAGAACGAAGCAACCCUCGCUCGACUGGCCUCCGCCGACGAACGCACCAAGAACAUGACGAAGGACGAAUAUGUCUACUGGUCUGACUGUCGUCAAGCCAGCUUCACAUUCCGCAAGGGCAAACGCUUCCGUGAAUGGGCGGGCUUUGGUACGAUCAUUGACAACAGACCGAAUGACGAUGCAGUCGAUAUUCUCGGCUUCUUGACGUUCGAGAUCGUGCAGACUCUCACGGAGGAAGCCUUGAAGGUCAAAGCCGCCGAAGACCUAGCUAACAACAAAUUGAAUGGCGGCAGAGGCGACCAGGACACGUCGAAGAAACGUAAGAGGGAAGGGUGCACGCUGUUUGAGAUGCCGGAGGAAGGCCGGACACCGAUCGAGCCUAAGCAUGUUCGAGAGGCGUUCCGGAGACUGCAGACCGUGCCGAACAAGUACAAGUUCAUGAGACAAGGCUACGCUGGGAUGCGGACACCAUUGAGGUUGAUUUGAGGGUUCGAGCGACGGCGUCCUGGUCAUGUCUGCAACAAGUGCAAUGGAAGUGAGCGGGUUAGGAGUUUAGGAGCAUAUCCAGAUACGAUACCCUCCUGGUGUGCGUCAGGCCUGGCGUGACAGGAUAGCGAGGCUUUUGUAAGGAUAUAUCGAUACCAGCGAAAAUCCCUUGGAGUCUACCACUACUCCAAAUCUCUGUACGCUGUCCGAAAGCAAGGGGCUCUGGAGCAACAGCGUGCAAAAGAAACUUUCAAGUCGUGCUCUAUUACAUCAUGC